GAUUUAUGAGUUGACAUUAUGGAUGUUUUACGUCCAGCUAUUGUCAAUAUAAAUGGGAGAAUGUACAGAAGGAAUAUGAUUAAAGAAGAACAGUAUGAUGAAGAAGAAGAAGAAGAAGAUGUGUCCUACAUGGGACCCCCAGAGAGUGAAGACCUUGAAGUAGAUGAAUCCUGUGAUACCACCUCCAUUGAGCAGACUGAUAAGGGAUACCGCUGUGCUAUAGAUGUCCCAAGUGUUCUUUACAAAUACAUCAUUGGGAAAAAAGGAGAGACACGCAAACGUCUGGAGUCUGACACAAAGACAUCUAUCAACAUCCCAAAACCAGGAGUGGAAGGACAGAUUGUUAUCACAGGUUCCCAUAAAGCUGCAGUCUCAUCUGCGGUCACACGAGUUGAUGUCCUUGUUGAGAGUUUCCGGAAGAAGCAGCCUUUCACGCACUUCCUGUCGUUUCCUUUGAAUGAUCCCAAAAUUCAAGAAGGAUUCCUGAGCUUUAAAGACGAGGUGUUGCAGCAGUGCUCACAGGAUCAUGGAGUGGACGGAAGCAUCUUUCAGAACCCUGCUAAGCUUCACAUGACAAUCGGCACCCUGGCUCUGUUAAAUGACACAGAAGUGAGGAAAGCGUGCGAACACCUCCAAGAGUGUCAAAACUUCAUCAGAGACAUCACAGAGGGAAAACCUCUGAAGUUGGAAGUGACGGGUAUCGAGUACAUGAACGAUGACCCAGCCAUGGUGGACGUCUUGUAUGCCAAAGUCAACCUGAAAGACAAAUCUGACAAGUUGCAGGUGAUCGCAGACCGGCUGGUGGAGCACUUUGUCUCAGCAGGACUGAUGGUCAGAGAGUGGGACAGAGUGAAGCUGCACGCCACUGUGAUGAACACCCUGUUCAGAAAGGACUCCACAGUUGAAGACACGGGCGGCCCGAGAAGACAAGCCAUGAGUGAACGAGAAGCUUUUGAUGCCAAAAACAUAUUAAAGAAAUGUGGUGCUUAUCGUUUUGGAGAGUUUGAGCUGAAUGCUGUCCUGCUGUCUCAGAGAUAUUCGACAGAUUGUUCGGGCUACUACACCUCUGCAGGGAGCACCAACUUCUCAUGAGCUUCAACUAGGCUCAGCAUAUUCUGAGGUUAUGGAUGAACAUGGCAGCAGGACGGGAAGUGUUCAGUGUGGCUGGCUGAUGAAGAAACUCUCAGUUGACUGUAAAUCACUCAGGAAAACAUCACAUGAUGAACAUGAAUGGACUCACAACACAGUGUCUUUGCUGAAUAUUUUAUAAUAAUCAGUUGGAACAUACUGUUGCCUCAUUUUAACAUUCUGUUUAAAUGCAGGAAUAAAUAAAUAAAUAAAUGUGCAAAGCAUCCACCCUUAGCCUGUUAAUUGCUGUGUACCAGGAUUACCUGGAGCGAUCCUCGUGGAGUUGUUACAACAUGUGAGAAUAUGUACAGCACUGAUAAGCAGCGGAGCUCCUGUUGAGUCUUAUGAGUUAGUUGUAAGACAGCAAAGGGAUGUGUUCACAGUUGAUGAAGGCAAAUAUUUACAGAUAAGCAACCCUUCAAAUUCUACUGCUUGCUGUCUUGCCUGAUGUUAUUCAAAUUAAGCAUUCCUCCGCUCAGCUCUUUUUGUGUUUAAACUGAUCAUGCUUGGUAUAGAUACGUUUUAUCAACAACACGGCGAACUGAUGGGAUCAUUUAAUCCCCUGACAAUUAAAGGCGCUCUUCCACAGCGUAACUCUAAUGUGUAAAAGAAGAUGUUCUGUGGAAGUGCUUUCACUUUUAUUUAAAAUAUUAGAUCAGGGGACUGUUAUAUCAUGUGACUACGUGUACACACUUGUUUCAGUGAUUAAGAUAUCAAUCAGAGGUGUGAUAGGUGGGUUAAAGAAUGGGGAAGUCAUCUUCUUGCAUAUCUAAUGUAUAGAAAUUACAGGUGUGGAUGAGAAAACUAGUCUGCACCAGUUGUUGUGAGUUGACUGACAGAAAUAAUUAUUUUAAAAAGCUUGAGCGACAUUGUAUGCGGUAAACAUUA